GAUCCCAAUGGCCCACGGAGGCCCAUUAUGGCCCAGCAUCAGCAACUACAACAACAGCAUGAAUUUCUACCACUUUGUGAUGUUUUAUUCAACAUAAUUUCUCUGGCAUCUUAUUUCUGCGAUGUCGUUUUUGAUCUGGCAAUGGGUUAUGCCCUGGCCAACUAUUCUUCAGCACCAUCAGUGUUAUUUCCACUGACUAUUGUACUUGUAGUCACUUCUCUAUUAGUUUCCCAGAUUGUGAGUAUGAGAUGGUACUUAUGGGGUGCAAGAGGCAAAUUAACACUCCCUGUCGAGUCUCCAACUCCAACAAAAUCAAGAUUCAACACCUGGACUGUCUGGUGUGUGAUUUUUCUCCAUACAACUCAAAUCGGUGUGCUAUGGCGAUACUUCAAACUUUUCAUACCAGUGGACUUGGCUUAUGUAAAGCACGAAGUACGCGAGUUAUGUGUGUUACGUUUAAUUCACGCAUUUUGCGAAGCAGCGCCAAUGUUGCUGUUGCAAUUGUACUUACUAUCAAUAGGAAUAAGUGGAAAUGCAAUAAAAGAAGUAAAAAGAGCAUCAGAGAUAGCAGAAGAUGACAAAUUAAGAGAGCUUACUGCAGUUUCAGCAGGUUUAUCACUUUGGAGUGUCUGCUGGGCAGUAGCAAGCUUCAGCAAAGGCGCAGCAAGACUGAGAAAUUUGGAAAGACUUGUUUUAACAUGGUUAGGAGUUUUAGCCCAGUUAGCAUGGAGACUUGGAACUGUAAGUGCAAGAGUUGGUGCUCUAGUGGCAUAUGCAUCUCUUUAUGGAGGCCAAUGGCUACUUGUUGUGCUUGCUCUACAUUGGCUAUCGAUGCUUACAUGGCUUCUACUUACUCCAGAUGGUCUUUUCCAUGGUGGAGAACGUCUUUCAUUUGGACGUAAAACUUUUUUAGCAUCAUUACUUGCAUUUGUCUAUGUCUUCGCUUAUGUGAAUCUUCACGAAACGAAUCACCGACAAAAGAUGAUCAUUUUUUACACUGUGAUGUUCUUAGAGAACUCUCUAUUGAUUGGGGUAUGGGUUGCUGGUGUACACGGCCAAGAGAUUCAACCUCAUCAUUUUAGACCUUUUGUGAUGGUGCUAAUUUUAUUCGCUCUGUUUUUUGGAGGUCUGAGUUUUAUGGGCCUCUAUUACAGAUUUUUUCAUGUCAGAAGACUCCGGUACGAAUCCGGUGGUCGAAUGAACGUUAAUAGUUCUCGACAAUGUCCGAAUUCAGACAUUAGUGAUGAGAAAAUAACAUACGAUGAAAAGCUUACAAGUUUGUCGACAAGACAAAGGAAAGUUAAGCUUGGUAAUAAUGGAAUUCCUGGUGUUUUCAACUGCAGAUUUGCUAAUCCAACUGUUGUCAAUCCCAAUAGAAAGAAAAAAAAACCAACAAGCUUUGUGCCACCUCCUACGACGAAUUUAAAUGGAUUCAAUGAAGCCAAGCAGAUUUCAAUGCAUGGAAAUUCCAAACAAUUGAUUCCUUUUUGGAAAAAACCUAUAGCUGGAGAUGAAGAUACUUCUAAUGGAUCCAUUGGUGCUAUUGGAACGCUUAAUGUUAAUUUAAUUAGAGAGAAAUUAAGAGAAAAGAAGCAACAACAGCUCAGAGAACUUCGUGCCAUUCAAGAAGAAAUUAAAGAAGGCAAAUUAGUGCCACCACCUUCGGCAUCAACUUCUUCAUUCUCUUCUGCACUUUCUCAAACCAAGGCCAAUCAUCCUCCACCCAACACCAAACUACACACUUCACCAAAUCAAACUUCAGUGAUAAAUCAAGUUCAGAGUGAUGUUUUGCUUAAUCCUUGGCCACCAGUUAAAAUGCACUGUCUCUUACCUCCAGUUCCAUCAUCGUCGUAUCAUCCUCUUAUGUUACCGGGUAGUUCUUGGAGAGGUUCCAGGCCAGAAACACCAGAAAUUUUACUUGCACCUAGAUGUCUUCCUCAUCACUAUCCUCAUUGGAUCGCUUCCGAUCAUCGGUUGCGGUCGAGUCAAAAUAAUAACGAGGAUAGCUCGAAGGAGCCAGGAGAAGGCGAAGGUGAAUUAUCAGAUAUGGAAGGAAGUCAAGUGUCCUUACCGCGAAGUUACACACUGCCUCGAGAGUUUAAAUAUAACAAUGUAAACAAUUUCGUUCGUGAACGACGUGUGAAUAUGGGUAAAACACAAUCUUCACGUUUUUAUUUACCUUCAACCAACAGUUCUGAUGGUGAUGUUGAUAGUGCUGACAAUGAAGACGAAACGGAUUCAGAAUUGCAGGGAGAUGCAAAGUAUGAACAACACUUGAACCAAGACGACAUUUUUCAGAGACGGUUUAAUUUUGUCAAUGGAGGUGAAGUAGGCGAUGGUACGAAUACAAAUAACGCAGACACUGAAACGGUUAAGUCGAUGGAAGGAAGCUUAGGUUGUUAUUUGAAUAAUUCAUACGGCUCGAGAGUCAAUCAAUUGCUCAAAGCUAAAGUAAAGCAUGAAACUAAAUUGUGAACUGAUGGUUCUUCUUUCAUUAUUUUUUAUCUCUCAGAUAUCACCACGAACGCUUUUAGUAGAUUAAGAGAAAAUUAUAAGACUGGACAAAUGAAUAAAAGCCAUAAAAUGUAGAUUGGUUGGUUCAAUAAAAAAAAGUUGUUUUUUUUUAUUGACAAUCAAAAAAAUCAAAUAUCCGUCCAUUGACGUAAAAAAGAAGAAUUAUUUUACACAAAUUAGUUGAGUUACCUAUUCAUUCAAUAUAUUUUAGAAAAACUAUUUAUGAUUAGAUGUUGUUUUAAAGUUGGACUGAAUUCAAAUUUUUAAUCAGAAAAAAAAGAAAUUAUUUUCCACAGAUUAUGGUGGUAAUAAUAAAUAUUUUGUGAUAAUUCAAGUUCUAAUUGUAAGAUAGUACAUUUUUUUUCAUGCAUUACAUAUAAAAAAAAUUUUUUUCUAUCAAAAUUCUAAAGGUUUUUGGUGAAUCUCACUGUCAUUAACUGUUCAUUACACAAUAAUUUAUUAUAAAUUCAUUAUUGUAUUUAUGUCACAAAAACUUGUGUAUACAAUUUUGCAGAUGGUUGAUGAAUAUUUUUGCGUAAUGAAACAUUAAUAAAUAAAUUAUAUUCUGAGGAAAAAAAAUCGAAGAUAGUAAUAACGCUAAUACAGUUGAGCUUUGAUGGAUUUUUAGGGCGAUUUCUAUGUUAAACAAUUGUCUAAAGAAAAUUUUAGAAAUGAAAUAUGUAGAUAAUUUCGACUUUUAUUACUUAAAUUAUAGAAAAGUUUUAAAAGCAUAUGGUCGAGAUUAAAUAAAUGACAUUUAAA